UAGAAAACUAUCUUCUCCUUCGUUUUGAACUCUCUCUUUCUCUCUGCAUUUGAAAGUAACUACCUUGUUACCUUUAUUUAAUUCUUCUAUGAAGUUUUUGUUUGACCAAAUUGACCCUGCUGUUAGCUUUGUGUUCUUUUCCGAAUGGUUCCGGUGGUGGGUUUUUUCUGGUUUUCUAAGGUUUGGAGGCUAUGCUGAAAGCAGGGUGAAUUGAACUGAGGUGAUGAAAAAAUGAUCCUCAAUAAGCAGUACCGAUGCAUACACUCGGCUAGCUGCCAAUGCACUAAAGGGCAUAUAAGUGAAGAUGUGAUAUUCUUAUUGUUUCAUAAUUUGAAUUGGAAUCCCAAGCUAAUUGCAACUUUUUCAUGUGUGUGCAAAUGGUUUGAUGAUCUUGCCAAGAGAGUUCUAUGGAAAGAGUUUUGUCGAACGAGGGCUCCGAGGAUGAUCCGUGAUCUGCAAUCCGGUGUGAGCCACAUUGUUGAUGGGAAUUGGAGGGCCCUAGGAAAGCUGCUUAUAUACUGUACAGGAUGCACACAUGGUACCUUGUUCGGUCAAAUUGGUAUCCCCGGUCACUUUGUUUAUCAGACUCGGUUUUCUAGAACUUCAGGGAAGAGCUUUCUUUUGAGACGAUGCAGAAGCGAUGUUCUGUAUGUGUCCUAUCCUUGUGAGCAUCCAGACCAAGGUGAAGAUAAAAAUAUAGGAUUUUUCCGUGGCGUGUUUAAGUCAUUCGGAACUUCCAAGGUCAGAAAGAUGCUUAUUAACAAGGCUGCAGAACUCCAUCCUACACAAGUUUGCAUUUAUUGCAAGGCGAAGUUGUGGAACAUGCGGCAGGCCAGAAUGAUCCCUCAUAGUGCUAGUUCCUGGUUGGGUUCCUAUGAAGAUGGUGUUGAGUAUUAUGUGUGUCUCAACGGCCACAUGCUUGGGACAUGCACCUUGUUACCAUUGUCUGAUUCAGAAGAGGUAUCCUCAUCAGAGGAGUAGUUAACUGAUUCUUAGAUUGGCAGCAAGUCUUGACAAGAAGGUUGAAUUUCUGUGUCAGAUUUCUCUUCAAGUGCACCAUUACCAUUUAGCUUUGAGCUUUAGGUUGUGGUGUAUCAAAUCAUGCCAGCAUUUCCGAGGAAGGACCAUGAUGCUGCUAACCAACAUUUCUCAUGGAUUUUGGCAUGGAUGGUUGUUACUGCUAACUAUGUGAUAUACCAUGUAUCAAGUGAGAUUUUGUUGAUGUAACACUUUCUCAGUAUACCACGAGGAUUCAUUAGCAUGUUAUCAGAAUCGCCACAAAAUGUUGAGUUUCACUAGUUUUGUAGACUUUUAUCGAGUUAAAAUUAGUUUAGACUGAAAAGUACAAACCUAAUCUACUUUCCUAAA